AUGGCGACGGCAGGAUCUGACGUCCUGGCAUGCGCGGGUGUCAGCUCAGCAUGUAUCACCUACAAAUGGCCAGAUGCCGUCGCUAUCUCGUAUGGAUGCGGCACGUCUCGCACCACGGUGACGGUCGAGUUCCCCGAGACCAGCAGCGACACGAGCGCGACAGGGACACGCAAGACGGACGAAACAAGCGAGGCGCCAGGGACGACACAGACCGAUGUACCAGGGGAUUUUCAUUCCGAGACGGGCAGGACCUCGAGACCGCGCAGCGAAUCGGCGCGGGCGUGGGAUCCGGCUUCUUUGGGCUCCUGCUUCUGGCCUUCUUCAUCAUCUUCGGCUGUUGGAGGGCUCCGCGACGAAUCACCUGCCCUCCUGAUCCGAGUCAGAGUGCAAUACAAAGUGCUACAAUCUGACAGACCAUUCUGGGCUCUUUGUCCGUCCUCACCCGGGUCAGGUCAGGCCGGACUCGACAGCUAGGGUCCGGCGAAGCACGCUGUGAGUACCCGGCAUUAGGUAGACCGUAGACGACUGGAGUUUGUUGUGAAGCCUUGAUAGAGAUCAUUGGUUAACAAGCUAACACAUG